CUGGAAGCCGGCUCAUUAAGCUGAGAAGCAGAACUGUGGCAGCCCUGUGAAGGAGAAGGUAAUAAAUUGGGAUUUCUAGAAGAAUCUCGGAAGAAGGCAUCUUCCUAAUCGGAUUUACUCCAAUAUCUUCGCGGAUACUCAGGAGUGGCCUGUAACCAACCUGAAGAAGCAGCACCCUCUGGACUGAAUCUGAACAAUGGAGACAGCGCUAGCAAAAAUACCACAGCAAAGGCAAGUCGUUUUUCUUACUAUAUUGUUGUUAUUGUGGAAGUCUGGUUCUGAGGCAAUUAGAUAUUCCAUGCCAGAAGAAAUGGAGAGUGGCUAUUUGGUGGCAAACCUGGCAAAAGAUCUGGGGUUUGAGGUGGGGAAACUGGCCACUAGAGCAGCUCAAAUCCAUUACAAAGGAAACAAAGAGCUCUUGCAGCUGGAUGCAGAGACUGGGAAUUUGUUCUUGAAGGAAAAAUUGGACCGUGAGGCACUGUGUGGGGAGACAGAACCCUGUGUGCUGCACUUCCAGAUCAUACUGGAAAACCCUGUGCAGUUCUUACAAACAGACCUGCAGCUCACAGAUAUAAACGACCACUCUCCAGAGUUCUCUGACACAGAAAUGCUUCUAAAAAUCCCUGAGAGCGCCCAGCCAGGGGCUGUGUUUCCUCUGAAGGCAGCUCAGGACCCUGACAUAGGGAGCAACGCUGUUCAGAACUACACAGUCAGUCCCAACCUCCAUUUCCACGUCGUUACUCACAGUCGCUCAGACGGCAGGAAAUACCCAGAGCUGGUGCUGGACAGAGCCCUGGACAGGGAGGAGCAGCCUGAGCUCACUUUAAUCCUCACUGCUCUGGAUGGGGGAGCUCCGCCCAAGUCUGGGACCACCACGGUUCACAUUGAAGUUGUGGACAUCAAUGACAAUGCCCCCCAGUUUAUUCAGUCACUCUAUGAGGUGCAAGUUCCUGAGAACAGUCUCCUCAAUGCCUUAGUCGUCACAGUCUCUGCCAGGGAUUUAGAUGCUGGGAUAUAUGGCAAUGUAGUCUACUCUCUGUUUCAAGGCGAUGGAGUAUCUCAACCAUUUGUAAUAGAUAAAAUCAAAGGAGAAAUCCGUCUGAGCAAAGAGCUGGAUUUCGAGGUAAGUCGCCAUUAUAACAUAGAAAUCGCAGCCACCGAUGGAGGAGACCUUUCAGGAAAAUGCACUGUGGCUGUACAGGUGUUGGAUGUGAAUGACAAUCACCCAGAAUUAAUGAUCAGGAAGCUCACAGUCCCUGUCCCAGAAAAUUCAGCAGAGACUGUAGUUGCUGUUUUCAGUGUUUCCGAUUCUGAUUCCGGGGACAAUGGAAGGAUGGUGUGUUCUAUUCAGAACGAUAUCCCAUUUCUCCUGAAACCCACAUUUGAGAAUUAUUACACUUUAGUGACCGAGGGGCCACUUGAUAGAGAGAGCAGAGCUGAGUACAACAUCACCAUCACAGUCUCAGACCUGGGCACACCCAGGCUCACAACCCAACACACCAUAACAGUACAGGUGUCUGACAUCAACGACAAUGCCCCCGCCUUCACCCAAACCUCCUACACCCUGUUCGUCCGCGAGAACAACAGCCCCGCCCUGCACAUAGGCACCAUCAGUGCCACAGACUCAGACUCAGGCUCCAAUGCCCACAUCACCUACUCGCUGCUGCCGCCCCAAGAUCCGAAACUGGCCCUCGCCUCCCUAAUCUCCAUUAACCCAGACAACGGGCAGCUGUUUGUGCUCAGGGCACUGGACUAUGAGUCCCUGCAGGCCUUUGAGUUCCGCGUGGGUGCCAAGGACCGAGGCUCUCCCACACUCAGCAGCCAGGCUCUGGUGCACGUGGAGGUUCUUGAUGACAAUGACAAUGCGCCAUUCGUGCUCUAUCCAAUGCAGAAUGCUUCUACACCUUCCACAGAGCUGCUGCCCAGGGAGGCGGAGUCUGGCUACCUGGUCACCAAGGUGGUGGCUGUGGACCACGACUCUGGCCAGAACGCCUGGCUGUCCUUCCAGCUGCUCAAGGCCACGGAACCUGGGCUGUUCAGCGUGUGGGCGCACAAUGGCGAGGUGCGCACCACCAGGCUGCUGAGCGAGCGCGAUGUGCCCAAGCACAGGCUGGUGCUGCUGGUCAAGGACAAUGGCGACCCUCCGCGCUCUGCCAGUGUCACACUGCAGGUGCUAGUGGUGAAUGGUUUUUCUCAGCCGUACCUGCCUCUGCCUGAGGUGGCGCACGACCCCAUUCAUGCGGAUGAAGAUGUGCUCACGCUGUAUCUUGUCAUUGCCUUGGCAUCUGUGUCUUCGCUCUUUCUCUUGUCUGUCCUUAUGUUUGUGGGGAUGAGGCUAUGCAGGAGGGCCAGAGCAGCUUCUCUGGGUGUGUGCUCUGUCCCUGAGGGCCACUUUCCUGGCCACCUGAUGGAUGUCAGCGGUAUGGGGACUCUGUCCCAGAGCUACCAGUAUGAUGUGUGUCUAUCAGGAGACUCUAGGACGGGUGAGUUCAAAUUCCUCAAACCCAUGAUUCCCAAUGUAAUGGUUCAGGAUGCUGGGAGAGAGGUGGAGGAAAGUCCCCCCUGCAGGGAUAGCAUUGUAUUCAGUUAACUGUUGUAUUUGUUUCAGUGAAUUUGUUUUUGGCAAAUCGAUUGCAAUCUGGUUCUCCUAGGAAAGGGAAUCAUUUUAUAAGUAUUGACACUGUAAUCAGAGCAUAUGCAUGCCCUCCAUUACUAAAACUGUUUUUCUUUCAUUCUUGGUAACCAUAUAAGUACCUUAUCAGGCAUAAUGAAUAUUAAAAGUUUGCAAAACAAUUUCUGUAUAUUACAUCGUAUGUUUUACUUUAACUCAAGUAUUACACAACAAAAUGUAUUUUACUUUAUCUGGUUGUGGAUUUUUUGUUUGGCUGGUUGGGUGGUUGGGUGGUGUUUUGUGUUGUGUUGUGUUGUUUUGUUUUGUUUUAAAACAGGGUCUCACUAUGUAGUGCUGGAUAUCUUAGAACUCACUGUAAGACCAGGCUGGCCUCAAACUGAUACACAUCCAUUUGUUUUAGUCUCCCAAGUUCCAAUACUUUACUUUUUGACACAUAAUUUCAAGUUUCUAUGGCUAAGGUGUUUGCAUCUUUUCCCUUUAUGUUAUGCUAUUGUGUAUUAAAUAUAUGAACUCUUAUAUGCUAACCAUACAUUCUAUUAGUGAGCUUCACUUACAGCUGAAAUACCUUUUACUCUGAGUAUCUAAGAGCAUAUUUGUCUUCUGAACUAUAAGCAAACACUGUUUUAAGACAUUUGAGCUGUGAACUUUUUAUUCUUAUAAGAACCAUAAAUGCUAGAGGUUAUCUGCACAUGUAGUUUUUCAUCUCUGUCACUAAAGUGUCAAGUCUCUAAGAGUAUAAUCAGUGGUAGACCACGCCUGUUUGUCAGGUCUUAGAAACAAUUAUAAGUAACAAAAAGAUACACACAAACCGACAAAUAACCAAAUCCUAUUAAAUAAUUGCUUGACACAAUCUUGUUUUAAAAACUAGUCUGAAUAACCUAAGCAACCACUGAAGUUCCUCAAAAGAAUCAAGACUUUAAUGGUCUCAUUUUGUUGAGCAAUCACUUUUUGUUCAUCCUUGUAUUUCAGAAAUAGAAGUGUAAACGUAGCCUUUGUGGGUUUUGUUAAUCUCAGUCUUCAACUUGAGAUCUAGAACCUCUGGGAACACCUAUGAAGCAUCACCUUGCUUAGGUGAACUGAGGCGGGGAGACCAGCCAAGGAAGACCCUUGUGGGUAGCACCAUUCCCUGCGCUGGGAUCCUGGACUAUGUGAAGUGUUCUUACGAGCACUGAUGUUCAUUGCUUUCUUCUUCCUGCUGGAGAUGAAGUGUUACCAGUUGCUCAAGCUCCUGCAUUUCAUCUCUCUUAUCAUGACAUAAUUUUGAACUGAGAGCCAAUACAGACCUUUCUGAAAUUUGUUUUUGUUGUGAUAUCUUAUCCUUGAAAUAGGGAAAGUAACUGAGUCAGACUGCAUGCUUGCAUGGCACUGGAUAACAUUCGCAGAAUCUGUACAUUCUAAGCAGGCUACUCACUGUGGCCCUGUCUCUGGUUUAUAUAAAUACACAUGUUUCCUUUGGUUUGCCUGCAGCUUCUCUUCACCUUUCAAAAGACACAAUGAUUUUCUGGAAAUUUCAGUUCUCUAUUUGAUUCUGGUUGUUAGUUCUCAAAACUUUCACUUUAUAUUGUUUUGUAGAUAUAGAAAUCAAAACAGUUUGUUGCAAUAUUUUGUUGUCUCCUGCAAGGUUUUGUGGGUACAACUGCAGAAAAAACCUUUGUUGAAGUUUUUGCAGAAUAAGAACAAUUGAAGAGCUUGGCUUAUAAUCUACCAUCUACAUUUAUAUGUGUUGCUUUUUACUUGGUAUG